UCAAACACGGGAAUCCUGGAGGAAACAGAGAGAUUAUCGGAGCUUUCACUUUGCCAACUUUUCCUUUCCGGACACAGACAUGCGCUGGAAAAGCGAAAUCAAAGUGGAGUGCUGCAUUGUGAACGAGACUGAGAGCGGAUCUCUGCUGUCCGGCGACGAGCCGCUCGACAUGUGCGAAGACUGCAGAGGAGACGAGGAGCUGCUAGGCAAAUGCUCUGAGGGCAGGAGAGACAUCAUGGGCGCGCCGGUGGAAGUUUUGGAUGAAGACGCGUCGUCGCUCCAGGCGAUGGCAUCCGCGCCUCUGCUUGGACGAACUGUGUGCGCGAGCUGCGACGAGGAAAUAGUGGACAAGUAUUUAUUAAAGGUUAACGACCUGUGCUGGCAUGUGCGCUGUCUCUCCUGCUGUGUGUGCCAAACUUCACUUGGCAGCCACACAAGCUGCUACAUCAAAGAAAAAGAGGUUUUCUGCAAACUGGAUUACUUUCGAAGAUACGGCACGUGGUGCGCGUGCUGCGGCCGGAACAUCCACUCAACAGACUGGGUGCGCCGGGCGAAGGGAAACGUGUACCACCUGGCCUGCUUCGCCUGCUUCUCCUGCAAGAGGCAGCUGUCCACCGGGGAGGAGUUCGCCCUGGUGGAGGGGAAGGUGCUUUGCAGGAUCCACUACGACUGCAUGCUGGACAACCUCAAGCGGGCCGUGGAGAAAGGAAACAGUGUUAACAUGGAGGGAGCAGUACCCACCGAACAGGAGAUUAACCAGCCGAAACCCUCCAAGAGAGCCAGGACCAGCUUCACUGCCGAGCAGCUGCAGGUGAUGCAGGCUCAGUUUGCUCAGGACAACAACCCGGACGCUCAGACGCUGCAGAAGCUGGCGGAGCAGACGGGCCUCAGCCGGAGAGUCAUACAGGUCUGGUUCCAGAACUGUCGAGCGCGCCACAAGAAGCACGUGAGCCCAAACCACACCUCCAGCACCCCCUUGACCUCGCUGCAGUCUGGCCGAAUGUCGCAGCCCACGCCGACCCCCGAGGAACUGCAGUACACAGCCUACGGAGGCCCGGAGGGGUCAAUGCUGUCUGCUCUGCACUCCUUUAUAGACAUUCACUCCCCUCCAUCCAUGUUUCAGCCUCUGCUGCCGGCCCACGCCAUGACCUCCCUGCCUGUGUCUCACGCCUGAGCUGACACACACACACACACACACACACACACACACACACACACACACACACACACACACACACACACACACACACACACACACACACACACACACACACGCACACAGCUGCAGUAGUCUGUGCUUCAUGGUAAACAAUGAUCAUUUUUAGUGAAUCAUGAAACCCUUUCUCUUCACGGACUGUCAGUAAUUUACCGUUACAUGUUUAUCAUUUGAUAAGGAAUCCACGGAUGCCUUUUCUCCGGUCCUAAAUGUACUGUACAAUGUGAAAGUGGACAGAUCUCAGUGUACCUCAUAGGAUUGUGACCCAUGACGUUAUAGACUUGCAUUUGUUGGUGUCGUUUGUGAAAAAGUUGGUGACCAUGUGACUCUCAGUGACAGCCAGCGUACUCUAAAGGUCAACCCCAUAUGAAGAUGAACUUGAACUCGUUUGCUUAUCAGUGUUGCAAUUUAAUUUAUUGUAUGUGAAGUAUGAUUUCAGAAUAAAUGUCUAAUUUCA